GUCCCCCAAGUCAGUGGGUUUCCAGUUCUUAGGGUGGAAGAGAAGGUACAGAGGAGAGGAGGACCUAGGUACCACCGCUAUGGGGAAGUACCUGCUGCUCUUGCUGUGCUUCACCUUGCUGUUGGACUUCACGCAAGGUCUGACAUGUAUCCAGUGUGAUCGGACAAAUGUUAAUGGAGUUUGUGACACUAAGGAAGGCUUCUGCGAGACUCACAGUGGCCAGCAGUGCCUCCUGCAGAAGAUCUAUGAAGAUGACAAGCUCCAGUAUGCUCGGCAAAGCUGUAGCAGCCUGUGCAGCCCCAUGUCCCUCUUCUACACAAAAUUUAAAGUGGAGUUCACGUGCUGCAAUAAUGCAUCUUUCUGUAAUAAGCUCUGAAAGGCCCAGCCCUCCCUCUCCCUCUCCUAUGUUCCACAAAGCUUCCCCGCCCCCUUCAGCCUUUCUCUGUACUCCUGCAGCCUCAGCCUUAGGGCUGUCUUUUCCCAGCACAGCCCAAGACCUGUUACCUGCCUAUACUCAGCCUCAGGCAUUGCUCUUUCAACAGCUCCAUCCAGUUCAGGCAGAUGUGCUCUUUUUCCAACCAGCCCCAGUGCUCCUUCUUCCCUCUCUUCCUCUAUCCUUCUUGACUGGCACAGAGCAAGCUCUCCCUUCUCUCCCUCUUUUUUCUUCUCCUUCUUCUUUUCCUCUUCCUCCUCCUCCUUCUUUUUCAAAUAUUUUCUAAUUAUUAAUCACUAGAAUUAGGCUCUGAACAUGCAAUAGUGAAUACCAGAUUGGACUCCUGCUCUCAAUGGAUCUUCAGUUCUGCCGGAGGACAAGGGCUUCAAAGUCUAGUCUCUGCCUUACUCUUGGGCUCGAACUGAUAGCCUUGGGCAUGCUGAGAACAUGCUCUACCGUUGAACUCCACCCCAGCCCUGCAUUUAUAUUUUGCAGGCACUCACGCACUGCUCUUCCUUAGUCUUCUGGAAACGCUCCAUUUUGUAGCCUUUUCACUAAUAAAUACUGUCACGUUUGACCUUGA